ACACUUAUAAUCAUUUUAAAUAGCCAGUUGAUUUCUUUCUAAUUUAGUAUAAAGGGCCAAUUGUUUCUUUCUUUCUAAUUUAAGUAAUACUACACAAGAUGGCGCUUUCUUUGAAAGAAUCAGCAGCUCGCAUAUCUGUAACUAAGUUCCUCAAGGGCUUUAUAUUUGCUGGCUGUUUGAUUAUUUUGGAGGAGGAUGGGACUGUUUUGACUUUUGAAGGUUCCCAGAAAAUCUGUCCAUUAACAGUUUCAAUAACAAUUCACAACCCCAAGUUUUAUUGGAAGGUUGCUACAGAAGCAGACUUGGGUUUCGCAGAUGCAUAUAUUCAAGGCGAUUUCUCAUUCGUUGAUAAAGAUGAGGGUCUUCUAAAUCUUAUUACGAUCUUUAUUGCCAAUAAGGAUGUAUAUUCUCCUGCCUCCAACGUUACCUCCACGGAUCUUUUAAAAUCACUGUUUUCUGCUAUUGCUUGGAUGUCCUCUGCCAAAUACAUCUAUCGUCAUUUUACUAACCGGAACACAAUCACUCAAGCUCGUCGGAAUAUUUCACGCCAUUAUGACUUGAGUAACGAAAUGUUUUCCCUCUUUAUGGAUGAGACAAUGUUAUACUCUUGCGCUAUCUUUAAGACAGAAAAUGAAGACUUAACAGUUGCACAAAUGAGGAAAAUUUCAGUACUAAUUGAAAAGGCAAGAGUAGAGAAACAUCAUGAAGUGCUUGAGAUUGGUUGUGGUUGGGGUACCCUAGCUAUCGAAGUUGUAAGGAGAACUGGGUGCAGAUACACUGGCAUUACCCUUUCAGAAGAACAACUUAAAUUUUGUCAGCAGAGGGUCAAGGAAGCUGGCUUAGAGGAUCGCAUAACGCUCCUUCUCUGUGAUUAUCGAGAAGUGCAACACGUCUUCAAAUAUGAUAGAAUUUUCGCCUGUGAGAUGAUAGAAGCAGUAGGACAUGAAUACAUGGAGGAGUUUUUUCGUUGCUGUGAGUCAAUGUUGGCUACUGAUGGACUUUUCGUACUCCAGUUCACAUCUAUGGCAGAUGAUUGUUAUGACGAGUACAUAAAAUCCGGGGGUUUUAUCAAGGAGUAUAUUUUCCCGGGAGGAUGUCUACCUUCCAUGAGUCAUGUAGUAACAUCUAUGGCUGCUGCAUCAAGACUUUGUGUGGAACAUAUCGAAAACAUUGGACCUCACUACUGUCAAACUUUAAGAUACUGGCGAAAAUCCUUUCUGGAGAAUCAGAGCAAACUCCUUUCUCUUGGAUUCGACGAGAAGUUCAUUAGAACAUGGGAAUACUAUUUUGAUUACUGUGCUGCUGGAUUCAAAAUGCGAUUACUUGGGAAUUUCCAGGUGGUUUUCUCACGCAAAGGGAAUCUUGCUGUGUUCAGAGAUUACCAUGCAAGCACACCUUCAGCUUAUUAUUGCCCCUAAAAGAGCUACAACCUUACUGUAUUCUUCAGCAGAAUGUAGAACUAUUUUGUGACUUUGUGAGUUGUCAGACUAUAACACAAUGUCUUGUUUCCUGUAUUAUGGAACACUAGAAACUUUACAGUACGAAAUUACAAAUACAU